AAAAAAAUUAAGAAUAAUUAUCAAAAAAUUAAUCAAUAAAAAAUUUAAGAAAAACAAAUGGAAGUUUAAAAUAUUGUUUAACAAGAAUUUCUUAAGUGCAUUACUCAUUAGUGUGAAAUAGAAGGCAGCUCUUUCAGUGUUGAGGAAAAUAAAAAAGAUCCAACAAAGCUUAAUGUCCUCAUUUAUGGUGAAAGUAAUACAAUUCACUAAAAUGGAAUUUACAAAGCUGAAUUCUAAUUUACUAAAGAUUUUCCAGAGGUUAGACCUGAAGGAAAGUUUAUUUCGCCAUUACCUUACCAUAGUAAUAUAGAUGAAAAUGGUAAAAUUUGUUUAGAUUACUAUAAUGAUUGGGAUUCUUCUACGUAUAAUAAAAAAUCUUUUGUCAUUCUCAUAGAAAAUUUGUGCACACUCAUUCAUAAUUAAAACAAUGAAAGUUGUUUGAGAUAUAGUAUAGGUAAAGAAGAAUAAAGUAAUAAAUAGUAAUAUAUUUAAAAUGUAUAAAAGUAAGCAUUAGUUUGUAGGUAAGCAUUUUUAGAUGGAUGA